AUGGAGAAGGGCAGCAGCGUGGAAGGGGCAGUCGAGAAGGGAAGCCGCGUGGAAGGGGCAGUCGAGAAGGGCACACCGGGAGAGGCAAAUCACAGGGGUUAUUGCGAGUACGACGGCGAAAUUGUGUUCAACUCAGCACAGCGAGAGGAGAAGAAGAAGAAGAACCGGAGGGACCAACACAGCUGCAGUUUUAGAGUAUUUUACUACGAGCGAUUCUUGUGCAAAAAAGGGCAAAUGGUUCCUCAGGUAGCCCCAAAUUGCAUAAGUAUAAACAGGAGCACCACAGAAAAUCGCCAUUUUUAUUUAAAUUCGAACGUAUACACAACAGUGAGAGACACAUACAAUAUAUUCUGUGAUACAAAUAAUACGUACGUUUUGACAUACAAAAAUUUUGAGUACCUGUACUUCUUCUGUUUCAAUUGCGAAACGUAUUUUGACAUAAAUAUAUUCCUUUGCCAGUUUUUAUAUAGCCACGUGAAUGGCUUGAAGAGUUGCGAGUCACCUGGGGACUUGACAAAAAUGGGUCCCUUUUUAGAAAAGUACAAAAAAACAUAUGAUGUAAGGAUCAAAAGACAAAGGGUAAAGCAAACAGAUAUUUAUUUUAUCUGUCCGAAUUGCAUUCACAAUAAUGUGUACCAUGUAGUUGAACACCUCUCUUUUUUUUUUUACUUUUGCGAUCUUGUGAAUUCGCGAAAUCAUAAUUUUUUAAUAUACAAUGGGUACAUGGAAAAUAUUUUCCACGUUGACGUUUCCUUUUUCUGCCUGUACAAUGUACCCAAGGAGAAGGCGCUGCUAAAUGCUCAGAAAAAAAAAAUGUCAAUUGUUGAUAAGGGCAAAAAUUUGCCUGUACAGAAGGGGGGCAAGAAAAAAAAAAACUCCCUCGUGUGUGCAAACGGGAAGCGGAAGAGCAACAAAAGCGAGGAAGUGCUCGCCUUCGCGCAUGGGGGCAAGCAUCAAAUGGGAAGCAGCAUCGGCAGUAUUGGCAGUAGCGAGCCCACCGGAAAUUGCAGCCCCAUCGGCAGUAGCAACCCCACCGGAAAUAGCAACCCCAUCGGCAGUAGCAACCCCACCGGCAGUAGCAACCCCACCGGCAGUAGCAACCCCACCGGAAAUAGCAACCCCACCGGAAAUAGCAACCCCACCGGAAAUAGCAACCCCACCGGAAAUAGCAACCCCACCGGAAAUAGCAACCCCACCGGAAAUAGCAACCCCACCGGAAAUAGCAACCCCAUCGGAAAUAGCAACCCCAUUGGCAGUGACCGCUCCGCAGUUCGGGCGCAGGCACAGAAAUCCACCCUGGUGGGAAUUGCCACCCUGCUGGGAAUUGCCAACCAGGUGGGAAUUGCCAGCCAUCAUCCCGCAGAACGAAGCCGUGAGAAAGGCGAAGUAGUCCCUGUGGGGGGCCACGGGCAGGAUGCAACAAGUUUGGAUGAGCAGCAGGAAACCCUCGAUGAUAAUAACCCCCAAAUGGAAGAAGCAGGAAGGGAAAAGUCCUCCCCACAGGGGAAGGAAACCUUUAAGGAAGAAACGCAAAGUAACAAAAGACGCAGCGAUAGGAAGAGGAAGAAAAAAAAGGAAGAUGACGAUGAGCUGUUUGAUGAAGGAUGCUUGUCAAACGAAAGUGAAGAGGAUCAUAUCAUCGAAGAUGACCUGGGUGGACACACGGAUGAAGAUAUUGUGGAGGAGAAUCAAAUUUUGAUUGAAGAGGUAUAUAGUGGGGACUCUGAUUUUUGCAACGAGGAGCAUGUGUCAGGGCGGAAGAGAAGGAAGAAGGGGGGCAAGAAAGGGAGGCCAGCCAAGAGGGAAAGCGGCAAGGGGAAGAAGAGUGCCAUACGGGAGAGAGGAACCACCGCAGCGGGGGGUGCCCACUGCAUGGGGAAGGUCGGCGGUGGGAAUAUUAGCGGUGGAAACUUCGGCGGUGGAAACUUCGGCGGUGAAAACUCCCUCGGUGGGCACGUCGGCGGUGGAAACUCCAUCCGUGGGAACCCCGUGGGUGCAGAGCGGAAGAAGGAAGAAGAGUACAAAACGCUCGUGGAAGACGUCAACCGCGCAUGCAACGAAGACGACGCAACGAAUAGAAGCAUAAGUAAAUACACCAAAGUUAUCGAAAAAAUAAAACUUGCCCUCGAUAAAGAAGAAGCAACUACAGAUACAAAGGAACUGAGUGAACAAAUCGUAAAAGGAGUUAUACAAAAUUUUAGUGACAAAAUGGAAAUUAAGAUGAAAUUAUUUUCCAUUUGCUCUAACCUCAUAAGGAAGGACAACUCAGAAUUGAGAAAAAAAAUUCUGAACGGAAUAAUACAAGCAACAGAUCUAGCUCAUAUGGACUCAUCUGAUUUAGCUCCCAUGAGUUUGAAAAACAAAAGAAAGGAACACGAGAGGAAGUACUUCUAUGAAAAUAUUUACCUUCGUGAGAAUUUCCUGGAUUUAAAAAAUAUUAAAAAGCUGGAAGAAGAAGAAGGGGAAGCAUUUCAUCACCCAAAUGUCAUUUUGGAGCAGAAGGGGCAAGUGGGCAGUUUGGAGCAGAAGCAGGAAAAAAAUCACCGGGGGGAUGGAGUGAAUGGGGAGGGUAGUGAAAUGAAUGGGGAGGGUAGUGAAGUGAAUGCCGAGGAUAGUAUAGUCAACCACGAGGAUGGUGCAGUGAAUGCAGUGAGUGCAGUGAGCGCAGUGAGCGCAGUGAAUGAUGAAGGGCUCGUGCAUCCCUGUGAUGGAAGAAAAAAGAGGGCGUCUUCCAAUCUGAGCGAUGAGUUGGAUCCGCUAAAAAAUGGAGAUAGCUAUGGGGAGGAGAAAAAUGCGUUCCCCUCUAGCAACAGUAAUGCCAACUUGAGUGAUUCCAAACAAAGGAGAAAAGGAUCCUCCGGAAAUGAAGACCAGGAGAAAAAGGUCUGUCUGAUGAUACCACCCUUGGAGAAAUACUCCUUUGAAUUUACCUACCAGAAUUUGAAGGGCGUGUAUGACCACAUGCCCAAGUAUGCCUCAUCCCCCAUCCUGACCUUCUUAGACAACUCCUACAAUCGAAUCCUUGCUAUCAUCGACGCCAGCAGGAAUGAGCAGCUUUGA